AUGCAACACCAUAAUGGGUCUGAAUCCAAUGUGAAAAGCAUCCAAGAGGAGAUAUAUGACCUCGAGCGCAGGCUGGAAGAUGCUAAACAGCGGCUGAACCGUGCUCAAGAAGCUCUGUCUCCCACCGAAAGCUUAUCCCCUCCAGGUCCUGGCUGCCUGUCAAUCCCGCACGCUCUCCUACUCCUAUCUGAUUCCGCCCUCCCACUCGGCGCAUUCGCCUACUCCAGCGGCCUAGAAUCUUACCUCGCGCAUAAUAAACAAUCGCAAUCACAGUCUCAGUCACCAUCACAACAUCGUACGAGUCAAAUAGAGUCCUUCCACCUCUUCCUCUCUUUCUCACUCGCAUCCCUCGCUAGCACAACUCUCCCCUACGUCCUCACCGCCCACAGACAACCCGACCAACUGAAAACGCUAGAUAAUGACCUCGACGCAUCAACCCCAUGCACUGUAACACGCCGCGCAAGCAUAGCGCAGGGCCUGGCACUGCUGAGUGCCUGGGAGCGGGCAUUUAGAGAUGCAUACACUUCCAGGAACGGCAACCCCACCGCAGACACAAAAACCAACGUAGCAAACAGUAUAAAUUCAUCAACAAAUCCACCGACCCCUUCCGAAAUCGCCAUAACUGCUCUAUCUUCGUUCUCCGCCACUCUCAAAACGUCCUUUCCAAAUUCCUCCUCUGACCCCAACAAUCAUCUAAACGGCCACCUUCCUCCGCUCUGGGCCGUCGUCUGUGUCGCCAUGGAUAUCGACAUAACUUCUACCGCCUAUGUCUACAUGCUCAACCACGCGAAAGCGGUGUUGAGCGCCGCCGUACGCGCGUCCGUGAUGGGCCCCUACCAAGCGCAAGCGGUGUUGGCCAGCCGGUGGCUGCGGGAGGUGAUAGAGUGGCGAAUUCGGACACAGUGGACUGUGCCGCCUGAGGAAGCAGGACAGGUUGUGCCGACGAUAGAUUUGUGGGUGGGAAGGCAUGAGCUACUUUAUAGUCGCAUAUUCAAUUCAUGA